AUGGAAUCUCUGGGCAAUGAAUAUGACCUGCAUGGUAAUCGGGUUAAUCAAGGACUUAGUGUCUAUGGAAAUAAAGGAAUCACAGAUCAACAUGCAACAACUAUAUUCAGCAACUGA